GGCGGCCGUGGCCACCCGGCGCCGCUUCCCCCAUUGUCCCUUUCGCGGCCGUGCCCCGCUCUCCCCCGAUCACCCGUCGCUCCCGGCGUCGCCGCCUCGCUGGCGGUCGCCGCAGGGAUUCCCUUGACGCGUUCGACUUCCCACCCCGCGCCGCAGCCUGCACCCCGACGUACCUGUCCCGCUCCCCCUUGGACUCUAGAGGCGGAGUCGCAUAGCAUGAUGGCGGCGGCGUCUGAAGUAGCUGGUGUGCCCAAUGCCCCCAAUCCUCCAGAACCCUCUUCUAGUUUAUGUGCUUCCAAAUCAGACGAAGGUCUCCCAGAUGGUCUAAGCCCCAAAGACCCUGCACAGAAGCACAAGAACUCGCCUCUGUCGAGUGUAAGUAGCCAAACGAUAACCAAGGAGAAUAACAGAAAUAUCCAUUUGGAACACCCAGAGCAGAAUCCUGGUUCAUCAGCAGGUGACACGUCAGCAGCGCACCGGGCGGUUUUAGGAGAAAACUUGCUAGCCACAGCCCUUUGUCUUUCUGGCGGUGGGUCUCAGUCUGAUUUGAAGGACGUGGCCAACACAGCAGGAGAGGAGGGGGACACAUGCCUCCGGGAGAGCCUCCAUCCCGUCACUCGGUCUCUUAAGGCAGGGUGCCAUACAAAGCAGCUUGCCUCCGGGAAUUGUUCUGAAGAGAAAUCCCCACCAGCCUCCAUCCUAAAGGAAGGUAGCAGGGACACAGGCUUGGAUUUCCGACCUGUGGUGCCUCCAGCAAAUGGGGUUGAAGGAGUCAGAGUGGAUCAGGAUGAUGAUCAGGAUAGCUCUUCCCCGAAGCUUUCUCAGAACAUUGCUGUGCAGACUGAUUUUAAGACGGCCGAUUCAGAGGUAAACACAGAUCAAGAUAUUGAAAAGAAUCUGGACAAAAUGAUGACGGAGAGAACCCUGUUGAAGGAGCGUUACCAGGAGGUCUUGGACAAGCAGAGGCAAGUGGAGAAUCAGCUCCAAGUUCAAUUAAAGCAGCUCCAGCAAAGGCGAGAAGAAGAAAUGAAGAAUCACCAGGAGAUACUUAAAGCUAUCCAGGAUGUAACAAUAAAGCGAGAAGAAACAAAGAAGAAGAUAGAGAAAGAAAAGAAGGAAUUUUUGCAAAAGGAGCAGGAUCUGAAAGCCGAAAUCGAGAAGCUUUGUGAGAAGGGCAGAAGAGAAGUAUGGGAAAUGGAACUGGAUAGACUCAAGAAUCAGGAUGGCGAAAUAAAUCGGAACAUUAUGGAAGAGACAGAACGGGCCUGGAAGGCAGAGAUCUUAUCACUAGAGAGUCGGAAAGAGUUGCUGGUAUUGAAACUAGAAGAAGCAGAAAAAGAGGCAGAGCUGCACCUUACUUACCUCAAGUCAACCCCCCCAACACUAGAGACAGUUCGUUCCAAACAGGAGUGGGAGACAAGGCUGAAUGGAGUUCGGAUGAUGAAAAAGAAUGUUCGGGACCAGUUUAACAGUCAUAUCCAGUUGGUAAGGAAUGGAGCCAAGCUGAGCAGCCUUCCUCAAAUCCCCACUCCCACUUUGCCUCCACCCCCAUCAGAGACAGACUUCAUGCUUCAGGUGUUUCAACCGAAUCCCUCUCUGCCUCCUCGGAUGCCCUUCUCCAUUGGGCAGGUCACAGUGCCCAUGGUUAUGCCCAGCGCAGAUCCCCGCUCCUUGUCUUUCCCAAUCCUAAACCCUGCCCUUUCCCAGCCCAGCCAGCCUUCCCCGCCCCUUCCUGGCUCCCAUGGGAGAAAUAGCCCUGGCUUGGGGUCCCUCGUUGGCCCCCACGGUCCACACAUGCCCCCUGCUGCCUCCAUCCCGCCUCCCCCAGGCUUGGGCGGUGUUAAGGCUUCUACUGAAACUCCCCGGCCGCAACCAGUAGACAAACUGGAGAAGAUCCUGGAGAAGCUACUGACUCGCUUCCCACAAUGCAAUAAGGCCCAGAUGACCAACAUUCUUCAGCAAAUCAAGACCGCACGGACCACCAUGGCAGGCCUGACCAUGGAGGAGCUGAUCCAGUUGGUAGCUGCCCGCCUGGCUGAACACGAGCGGGUGGCAGCCAGUACUCAGCCCCUCGGUCGGAUCCGGGCCUUGUUCCCUGCUCCGCUGACCCAAAUCAGUACCCCAAUGUUCUUGCCUUCUGCCCAAGUUUCGUAUCCUGGAAGGUCUUCACAUGCUCCCGCCACCUGUAAGCUGUGUCUGAUGUGCCAGAAGCUCGUCCAGCCCAGUGAGCUGCAUCCAAUGGCGUGCACCCAUGUGCUGCACAAGGAGUGUAUCAAAUUCUGGGCCCAGACCAACACAAAUGACACUUGUCCCUUUUGUCCAACUCUUAAAUGACGGAUCUGACUGGGGAGGAAGAAGAGGAGAAACUGAUGUGAACAGGAAGCGCGGGUUCAAGAUUUCUAAAACUCUAUAUUUAUACAGUGACCUAUACUCAUGCCAUGUACAUUUUUAUUAUAUAGGUAAUGUGUGUAUAGAAAGUCUGUAUCCAAAUGUUCGUAAAUGAAAGUAUGUAUAUUAUGCAGAAAUGGUCUCUCCCCCUCACCUUGCAAUUCCAUUGGGGGAUGCAGAUUGUAGGUAAGAUGAUGUUUAGUUUGCCCUUGAAAUUAUGAUAUUUACUUGCCUAGGGCUGUUUUCAAGUACAAUAUAAAAACCAUCUAGGAAGCUGCUGUUGCUCUAAGGCCAUCCUGCUUUGAUUUGGCUCAGCCUCUAGCUCAUUUUCUUAAGGCUCAUGUAUGCAGAUUUGAACCCUGGUGCUCACCCGCUGUCCAGCCAGAUGCCUUGCUUACCGAAAGCCUACGGAAGCCUCAGUGUUGUUCUAGCCACUCGACUCCAAAUGGAUAAAACGAGACUGAUAGAGGAAAAAAAAUGUAACCCCACUAGUUUGAAUUUUCAUUGAAUAUUUUACUGUAUUAACGCUCAUUAUUUGCACAUAGACAUUAGAUUUACAGAAGAUUCUGUUUUACAUCAGCAAAAUUCACAGUCCAAGAAUAACAACAUAACUGGGUCCCAUUUCCCCCAUGCCCCCCGAAAACUUCUGUCCAUCUGACUUCCUGGAUGGUCCUCUCUUUAGAGCCCACAGAUCUUUCCUGGGCCAAGCCGUUCCUUGCUGCCACUGACUUGGCUUCCGAUUGAGCUCUGACAGACCAGACUUGUGAAGGCCUCACCUCUUCCCCUUCACUUGUGGUCUCCUGGUCCGCUAGUCCCCCUUCCCACUGAAGGUUAAGGCAGUUGGUUCACAACCAAGUUGUUUGGUGACCUUGGGUGAGCUCCAGGCAGGCACUGGGGUGAGGAGAUGUCUGUGCAAAAUUAUUUGCAGAAUGAUCUUGGGAUGCCGGAUUUUAAUUUUUGAAGCAAGAAAAUUAUGGGGGACAGGUUUCCUGUCCUGGGAAAAAUGGAGGCCAAAUUGAUAUGAAGGGGGCUUGGAUUUCAAGUUUAGAAGUUAUUUGUUCUAUAGAUAGCUCUCUAGAACGCGACCCCUUUCCCAUCUCUGCUUACUGAGCACUGCUGGUGUUUAGGGUUAUACCCGUGAAAGCUGUGAAGCUAUGAGAGCUUUGAAUCUUUUCCUAUCCUUUUAUCUGUACUCCUACAGGAAAUGGCUUCAGUUCCUUCUCUUUUGGAAUUGAACAAGGAAAAACUGUUAAUAAAAAAAAAAAAAAUUAGUUCCAGGGGGAGGACAUUGUUAUAUUACCAACAGCUGAAUUUUUUCCAUUCUGGGACCUGGAAAUGCUUCCUGGCACUAGGAGUACUAUCAGGGUAGCAAAGACUUUCCCUUUCAGAUCCAAUGACAUUCUCUGCUCUCUGUUUUUGAUCUUUUCCUUCUUUGUCCUUCAUCCUUUCCUCUCAGAGACGUAGUCCUUCCGUUCUCUUGCCUUACUUGCUCAGGCUUGUUGACUAGCGUCAUUUUCAGGAGCUAGACUUCCCAGGACCUCCUUGGCAUUUUGUAGGGUGAUUGAAAAGACCUGAGUUCUCCCAUCUGUAGAGGUCAGGUGACCCACUUUCUUUGGUUAAUGAAAUAUUAAUGUCUCCAGUUCGGUAGCUAUCAUGAAUGGAAAUGUGGCAAAAUGGAAGACCAGUUCCUUUGUUCUUUUCAUAUGGGGGAAUUCAUUUUUACCUCUUGUAAUCAAAAGAUUUUCUCUCUCAUCAACUUUGCAGUAGCCUUUAGGCCACCAGCAAUAUUUUUCAGUAUUCCCUAAAAAUCUAGAAGUUAGGAAUGGAUAUAAAGGAUGUUGUCUUUUUCACAAAUCUUCGAAGCCCAAGAAGUAUAGAGAGAAGAAAGAAGUGGGAGGGGGGCUUAACAUCUUCCUAGUAAAAGCCCCUUGAAAGCCAACUAUGGCAGGACAGGUGUUUAGGGGAGCUGUGUGUGGGAGUUGGGGCCUCACUGUUGCUCUUUUCUCUGUCUUGUUCGGGAUCAGUCAGAAAGCAACACUUAAGUUUUGGCCGCCCUUGUUCUCCCUUUUCCCUCUGUCUCCAGGCCUACAGGGGUAGAAGCCAUGCAGACUGGCAAGAAAGGCCUCUAAUGCAGUGAGUAGAGAUGGGACAGUCGCUUUUCAGGAGUUGACUCUAAAAAUAGAGAUAUAUAAUACAUAUUUUUACAAGCAAGAAGCUGUUGUCAAGAUUUUUUUUUUUUACAUGUAGAGUUAAUAGUUUCAGGGUAGAAAGGAAGUAACUGUAAAAAGAAAAAUAAGUACAAGUUUAAAAAAAAUAGGACAGUGGGACUUAGUAAUGAAGGGGUUGAGUUUUAUGCCCUGGAAAGAGCUGGGAAAAAGCCAGUUUUCCCCAACAUGGAUAGAAAUUAUAAAGCAGAAUGUGGUGUUUUCAUUACAUGGUAGCAAUUCUGGAAGUUUAUUUACACAGUAAGUUCUGAGCUGGAAACGGACAGUCUCCAGUCUUCCUGACAGUCUUUGUGGUUAGAAGGAGGUGUUCCCAGUCGGCCAAAGCAGCACCAAAUGCAAGGGGAAUGAAGAGAACCCAGAUAAAGAACUGUGAUUCAGUAUUCUUGUUUUAUUGGUUUAUGGCUUGUGGGCAGCUGGCUGAGGCCAGGAUCUCCAGAGGCCCUCCUUGUAUUUCCCUUUCCCUCAUCAGGUAAUUUCACACUCGGCAGGUCCGAGUCACUGGAAGCAGUGUGUUGACAAGCUAGCGAUAGGACCCGGCAGAUAUACUGGGAGAAUCACGUCUUCCACUAACACUGUUAUCAGAGUUGACUCUGUUAGAACUGACAGGGAAGAAAUGAACUUGGUCCCCACUACCUAGCCCAAGAACCAGCCUGGGUACCCAAGUACUAUUUGGAGUGGGGAGUAGAGAGUAGGAUAGGGGAGAAGGAUGGCCUGCCCUGAGGGGCUCUGGUGGUGAAGGAAGUACGGAAGCCCUGAGGCUGCCAGCCUUUCUCCAGCAGCCUUGUUACCGAAGGCAACGAUGCUAGAGCCAGAAAGCCCUGCGUUUCUGACACUGGGUAUAAUACUAGUGCCACUCUGGGGUGCCUUCGCCAAGUUAAUGGAGGGGACAUCAGAGAGGGUGAGACGGCGAUGAAACUGCUCUGUAUUGAGUGGAGAUCUUACUACUACUUACAGCUGAACAGGAAGAAAUCCAGGCAGAGGCAGCAGGGCACCAACCGUAUACCUGUUGAGUGAAUCUUGAGGAUUCUGCUUUCAAGGGUUACGUAAGAGAGGUCUCCUGUCUAUCCCUCCUAGCACCUCAGCUGCAGAGCUCCAGAGGAAUAGGGAUUUGGGGGAGGGAGUGAACAUGUAAGCAGGAAGACAGAGCCUGGCCCUGCAAUAUUUGCUGUGUUCCAGUUGUUUUCUCAUAGGGCACCUGGGGCUGGGGGGAGGGGGUGGGAAGUGUCAGUGUUACCUAUCGUGUGUGGAGUAAAGGGUUCAGGUAGAGACAAGUGGAAUCAUUAAGGUAGAAAUUCAUUUGUUAGAUGGAACUUCUUAGUGGACACUUUUCAUUUAAGAAAGUUAAAAAGAGCUUUUUGGCUAGGUUAGCCCUUCUUCCCAACUCACUUUUGGUCAGGCCACAACCACAGAAAAGAAAACAUUGGGCAGCAACACCCAUCUUACAAGAUGGGCUUCUAUCUUGGAGAUGCAGUCUGAAACUGGGACUGGCGAGUGGUCGUGGUUCUGCCUUCUCUAGCUCUGAUCCCAGCUGUUCCCUGUCUUGGCGCUCCCUCUCCUCUCCUCUUCCAACCGCCGCCAUCUGUACAAAUACUCAAUCUCAUUAUUUUUUGUUUAAUUCAAGAGGCAAUCUUUGUACCAAUGUUAGGCUUGUUUAUACAGUCCCUAUCACUAAAGCAAAUAGCAAACUGUGCAUCCGUUCCUACUGACUUCGGCCAGCAGGGAAACGACAUUGGCCCUUUCUCUGCCAGGGUACUGCAGAGAGACGCACACUGGGGUGACUUGGCUGUGAUGGCACUACUUCUGGAACUAAGAAAAGAAGACUACUUUGGGUUGGAGAAUCCAAAGGGAUGGGGGGCAAAGGUUCAAGGCUGAAGUGUCAAGCAGCAGAAUUUCCCAACUCAGGCUUGAGGUGACCAAGAAUACUCCCGCCACCAGAGUGCUUCUUUCUUCCCCCUCCUGUUUCCUACAGGUGCCAUUCCUGUAACCCACCUUGCCUGCUUUUCCUUCUUUUUUGUCAAGGCAGAGGCCUUUGGUGGGCAGGUGAGGGUCUUGAGGUGCUCUGGCCACCGGUGCCAUCAGUGUCUCCUACUUGUGACCAAAGUGAACCACCAGAUGUGGUCCAGGGGAAUCUCUGUCUCCUGCCCCUGGGCCACCUCACUUCAGCAGGGAGAUGUCAUCAGCAAAGUCAUCAUGUUGAUGGCGCAGGCAGCGGAGGCAGCGCCACUGGCACACCAUGAGGCAGAGCGGCAGCAUGAAGAGGGCGCAGAUGGCCGCCAUGACGUAGGCUAUGGUCAUGAGGGUCGACUCGUCUGUCUGUGGGAUGUUGUAGCCACAGUCUUCCAUGUCCGGGGUGAUAAACGGGCCUUCCACUGCUGCCGUCCUGAACUCAUCGUGCACUGAGGAAAGGGCAAACGCGAAUGGGCAGCUCUCAUCGCCAUACAGCAGUUUGGGUCAUACAACAAAAAGAACUUCCUGGUAGGCCUUGAAAUUAGCCCGCGAGGAGGCUCUAAGCAUCUCCUUCCUUGGAGAUAUUAAGGAGCAGGCCAGAAAAGCCUUGCUAGGUAGAAGCACGUCUCUCCUCCCAGGUCACUGGGAGCAACCACCCUUUCUUGUAUAACCAUGUGGUAGGAAUGAUACCUAAAGACCAGUUUUCUGAGUUGACAAAAAAGACACCCCAUGUAUUCCUAGUGCACUCACCAGUUUCCGUUGAUACUGCUUGCAAGACCCCGCCACCGUUCUGAAGGAGCACUCAACCCCAUCACGUAGCAGCCCACAGGGUCACUGCAGGCUCAGCCUGCUGCCCGGGGAUCUAGAGCUUCCGUAGGGGCCGAAGCAGCUCUUGCUUCUCUGGGUCUACGGCAGAGGUUACAACCCGUGCAGUCCUCACCACGCCGGGCAACAUGGACAAAGCAGGCACCCGGACACUAGCUUUUACAGUGUGGUGACUUCACCUCGAGGCAACUAUGACUACCUCCCAGACUGACAGGGGCCCAGGUAUCCUAACUUCUGGACAGUGAGAACACGGACAGACGGAGCCCACACCCUCCUCCCUGACUCUCUUACCAUGACAAGCACUGACAGCAAAGCCAAUUCGUUUUCGGGCUCGAUCAAAGACAACGUAGAAGCCUUCCAUGAUCACAGCUCCCAUCACAGUGCCCGUGGAGGACUGUGAAAUGGCGAACUUGUAGCAGUCGUCUUGGGACGUGGCCACAUCUUCCACUGGCCGCAGGUAUUGCUAAGGACAAGCAGUCAGAGAGGGAGAGGAUGUUCGCCUCCCUCCAUUUCUCCCCCCCUUCUAGAUAUCUGUGCCCUGGGGCUGCUUUUCCCUCUGCCAUCCCUGAGCUCUGCGGGCUUGCUUUGUGCCCCGGGACACUGCUCUGUCUUGUCUUCCAAGUUCUGGGAAGCCAUGCCUGCUCCCUGUCCCCCCGUGUGAACCGUGCCCUCUUCCUGGGACCCCACCGACUCCAGCUGGGGACAUACCUGUGGAAGGAUGGUGAUGCGGAAGGACUGAUUGGUGACCUCGCCCAUUAGGUAGAGGGAGAUGACCGGGAAAAUGUUCCAAGGGGUGGUGCCUGCCUGCCAGCACACCAGCUGCUCCCCCAGCCAGAACCCAUCCGGGAACUUCUCCGUCUGGCCAAGAAAGGGUAACAGUGAGGAAGCCGCCUCUUCCACCAUCUCGCUUCUCCCGCUUUCAAAUAACACUGGGCCCUCUUUUUGCUUUUCUGUGGAAUAUCCAAACUGGGGGGAAGGCACACUGAAACCCAAGAAUUCAGGGAAGAGAGCUGGAGGGUGAGGCCAAAACUCUGCACCAGGGGGCCUGUGUGAUGAGCAAACCGAGGCCCAUGAAAAAGACUCUCUCUGAAGACAUUUAAGCAGAAGGAUCUAAGGGUAGACAGCUUGGCUCUUGAGGGCUGUGACCUUCACGGACUUUGUCUGACACUGUAUCAUCUCUUGUGCCCCUGCCCUGAGUCCCACUGACCGAGGAGGCUGCCUUGAUGGAUUUGACGGCAGCUUCGAACACUUUCUUGGGCAAACGAAGGUUGGUGGUGCCACUGUCCACGAUGCUCUUGUCGUAGUUGUACUAGGAUGGAGAAGGGAGGGUUAGAAGAGUCAAAAGCAUUUUUUGAUGCCAGGCUCUGGCCGGAAUCGGAAGGGUGGAUCUGACUGCUUGGGGUGCCAUCCUGGCUUGGCGCUUCUCUUAGGAGUAUACCCUUGGGCAAGUUGUUCAGCCUCUGUGCCUCAGUUUCCUCAUCUUUAAAAUGAGGAUAAUAAUAGCACCUACCUCAAAGAGUUAUUAUAAGGAUGAAAUUAAUACAUGUGAAGUGCUUAGAAUGGUGCCCGGCUCAUAGGGAGCAUUCAGUAAAUGUUAACUCUUAGUAUCUUGGGUUGGGCAGACAUUCUCCAAAUCUUGAAAAUAAAAAUACCUUGUAUAGUGCUUUUAACUUUUCAUAGUACUUUUCUAUCUAUUCUCAUUUAACAUACAUUAAGAAUCUAGGUAAAGAAGACCCAAAUGGUUGAGCUGCCAUUCAUUGGGUUGCUGUGUGCCAGGCGCUGGGGGAAACUAUUUAUUUUCUCUGUCUUCACCAGUCUCUGGAAAAGCUGUUUUUCCCUCUGUUUUGCAGAUGAGGAAACUGAAACACAACCUAGUAACUUGUCUGAGGGCACAAAGCUAGUAAAUGGCAGAGCUAGAAACCCAGGUCUUUGCAGCUCCAAAGCGGGACCCUUCGGCUACAUCAUACCACACUGCCUCGCACGUGACUUGCCCAAGGCCACCCAGCAAGGUGGUGAUUGGAGUCCAGACAUGCUUUUUUUCCUUACCAGGCCAUAAGCCACAAGGUCCCCGUGCAAGUGCCCUUCCAGUCCCUAGCCCCCAACUUCAGGUCCUUCUGUGUUACUGUUAAGUUCCUCAUUGUUCUGGGCUCAGCCCCCAACCCUUUCUGCAGGUCCUGCCCUUCUGCCUUGUCCUCCCAACCUCAUUACUCAGGGUCUGACCUCAUGCUAUGUUGCCUCCCCCUUCCCUCUUCCUGGUCCCCCUUGGUGGUGUUACCUCCUUGCAGUCCAUUUUCAGGUCCUGCCCGUUGAUCUCCACCCGCACAAUGAUGACCUCGUAGUACCACUCCCGCCGGAUGGGUGUGUACCAGAGGCUGCCGGUGUACAGUGAGUGGUCGAUACCCCCGAUGAUCUAGGGACAAAGGGAGGCAGGUACCCGUGUCCCAGCACAGAGGGACAGCAAGUCACCCAGAGAGCAAGCAAUGGGAUCAGAGAUUUCGGGGGGGGGCGGCAAGGCCCUUCACAGGCCACCUUUCUCAUCUUCCUGCUUCUAAUUAAAUCCUGUCCCAAAGUGAUUUGUAGUUUCUUAAAUGUGUUAAGAAUUUAUCAGGGGAAGAUUUUACAGGAUUUUAAAUUAUUUGUUUCCAAGUCUCGCAGCCCUCAAUAUGAAGUUAUUUAAACCUAAACUGGCACAAUAAAUGUUAAAUGAAUGAUUA